UUUAAUACCGCAUGAGGAGAAGCAGCCGCCAAGAGGAGCAGAGACCAGAGACCGGGAGGGACGAGCUUGAUCCGGGACGAACUGCUGCGGAAAAACCCGAGGCAGUGAACCAGAAACAAACGAAGAAGAAAAAAAAAACGGAUCACUUUAUAAUACCGGCAUACCCCUCCACACACACACAAACACACAGAACCACACACACAUACACACAGAGACGGUGACGGUGCGGAAUCCAUGAGCGUCAGACACACCGGUGCGUAAAGUUGUCCUCCGCGCUCUUCUCUGUGGACGUUACCCGGUUACCCACGGUUUGUGAUUGGAUCGCGGUUUUCCCCAGAGCUCCGGGUCCCCGUCUGGAUCUUACAGCCCAUCAUAAAGUCUUUGUCUGUGGAUGGUAAGGCUUCACGCGGAGCGCUGCCCGGACUCACUGUGAACGUGCCACAUGCGCGUUGGAGAAAUGGAUCUGCUUUUGCUAUAGCCAAGAUUUGCCGCGGUUUUUUAAAAUAUUCCUUUUUCCUCUUCUGAUUGUGUGUGUCAGUUGCUGUCAGAUUUAUUCACUUUUGGACGAGCGCAGACAUUCAGGACUCCUCUUGCGGAAUUACAACCAUGAACUUUGUUGUCACUUUGGUACAAAUCCUUUUGGCAGCGGUUCACCUAUCCACUGUAAAGACUGCCAGCAUUAACAAAGGACUGGACAAGAGUAAGAAUGAGGUCAUCCCUCUCACCGAGGUCAUCACUAAGAGCAUGUGUCAGCCCCGCGAGCUGCUGGUGGACAUCUUCACCGAGUACCCCGAGGACACUGAACACACCUACGCCCCCUCCUGCGUCGUCCUCAAACGCUGCGGGGGCUGCUGCAGCGACGAGGCCAUGGAGUGCGUCCCGACGGAGACGGGCAACGUCACGCUGCAGGUGAUGCGCUUCAGGCCGAUGGUGACGCAGCACCCCGUCCAUCUCAGCUUCACAGAACACCAAAAGUGUGAAUGCAGACUGAAGCAUGACAUCCCUGCAAAGAAAGAAUACCACUGUGCGCCUUGCUCAGAAAGGAGGAGGCGCUUGUUUGUGCAGGAUCCUCUCACCUGUCAAUGCUCCUGCAAAUUCACACAGUUAGACUGCAAGUCACGGCAGCUUGAGUUAAACGAGAGGACUUGCAGAUGUGAGCGCCCCCGGAGGUGAGACCGCCACACUGUAAUAAAAGGAACUUUCCUCUGCACAGCACUUUGAAACGUGACGAUGCAUUCCCCUGCAAAGACACAAAAACGACGACGCGAGAGAGAGAGAGAGAGAGAGAGAGAGAGAGAGAGAGAGAGAAGGGACUGUGAGGACGCGGCUCUCCAACUGUCUGUCUGACGCCUGAAGAUAUUAAUAUAUAUGUACAUAUAUAUACACGUACAUCGACAAUGUGUAUCGCUGCUACAUGAAACACGACACUAUUUAAAGCAAACGAGUGCGCCGCCGGCGUGUGAACGCGACCUGCUCAUCUGUGGAAGAAAACCGUAAUUUGAGUGUAACAUUUCACUGGAUGCUGGACGCUGCAGAGAGGAGGAAAUAUUAAGAAGACGACUCGCCUCCCGGCUCUGACGGAGAACGAGGAGGAGGAGGAGGAGCUGCUGAAGUUACAGACUUUUUCCCUCUGUGACAUGAUGUGAAGUUUUGUCUCUGCUGGAUGAGAAAACACUAAAAAACUGACUCUCAGAAGUGAUGGGGGGGACAUUGGUUACCAUGGAGACGGAAAAUGUGAAGCUUACCUUUUGGGGGGUUAAAAAAAACAAAACGAUUCCUGUUAGUGUUUUUAAUGUGGUUAAUGUUGGAGAGUCAAAAGGUUACAGGUAAAGAGCCACUUCUUGAUCCUGGCUCCGCCCCCCUUCAUGUAGCCCCUCCCUGUUUUGGGGGGAACAGAUUUGUGUUUUUUGUGCACAGUUUAUUUUUUUUGUUUUGUUUCCCUGUGUGAGGUGAAAUCACUGCAGGUGUACACAGAGAAAAACCCGACAGGCUGAUCUCAGACCAGAUCAGCGUCUUCCUUAUUUAACUCUUUGUGUUCCAAAGAACGACCUGUGUGCCGCCUGUGACGACCCCCCCCCCCCCCCCCCCCCCCCCCCCCCCAGUCUAAUUUAUAGAGUAUGUUCAGUAUUUAUAUGCAGUGUUAUGUUUGUGUUUUGACUGUCGACUCUGCGAGAGAGACUGAAGCUUUGACAUUCCUGUUUAAACGGCACUGAGCUCAGCAGCCGGGGCGGUGGGGGGGUGGGGGGGUGGGGAGGGGUGACCGAUAGUAACCCCAGCACCAACAUGUGUUAGUAUGAUGCGCCAACACAGGUGGUUUUCAUCAUUUAAGGAGGGGAGGGGAGGGAUGUUAGGGGGGACAUGUGGUUUAACUCUUGGACUCGUCAUGGGAACUGAAGUGGUCUGGUUCUGCUGCUCAGAUCAGACCUGGGUUAGUCUUAAACCAACCAAUCACAGAAGUUUAUGUGUGUGUGUGUGUGUGUGUGUGUGCGGGACUGGCACAGAGAUUCUCUGACGUUAGCCGGGAGCUAACAUAACGUCUUUACUGCAGCUUUUUACAUACUCAAAGACACACACACACACAGAGACACCUCUCUCUUACCAAACAUGAACCUCACAGCCUCGGUUUAGACUCAUCAGGAAACAUGUCACGACACAAACCCGAUUUUAUUUUACAUAUUAACAAAUCCAAACAAAGGUUACCUGAGGUCUCUUUCCAUGACGAGCGGAUCUCGUGCGUUCUCGUCUGUUUUAUUAUUAACAGACACUGAACAUUUAUCCACUGUGAGAAAAACUUUAACAGGCAGAAACCCUGAGCAGAAGCAGAAUCAUUACAUGAAGAUUCAAAGUUAAAAACGAUGAAGUUAAAAGGGAACUACGUUCUGAAACCGGGAUUUAAGUUGCCGUAUCUGUAUUUGCAGUCCUGCUAGCUGCCGGUAACGUUAACUGAUCCCUCAGCCUACGAUAACUUUGAUAGUCGGGAAGUAGAAGUCCGCUGUCACUCCUGUCUUCCAGUCAAAUCAAACCAGCACUCCACAAUGUUUAUUUACUCAACAGCAUACCACCAUUCUCUUCAAAGCGUGAUGACCUGUGACGCUGCCGGCCUGCCCCAAGUGUUGCUCUGUAUCCAAGCACACGACCUGCAGCGAAGCAGCCGCUUGCAAUACACAAUAAGUGAGGCAAACGUUAAGCUUAAGAUCAGUAAUAGCACCAUGAAAUAGCAUUUUACAUGAGUGUAUUGGUCAUACAAGUAUAUAGGACACAGGCUGCAUUUUAAAUUGAAAAACUUUAUUAAAAGUGCGUCUCAUUCACAUCCUGGAGCUUUAACUCCAGUGCGUUAUAAAACAGUGUUUAUGCAAGAUUCGAGGUUUAAUUAGUAACACGCAGCCUUAACAAUCCUUUAAGAAAAGUGAGUAAAUGUUUAGAGCAAAGUGAAGCGACGUUAACUGUGUGCAGCAUUGUUAGAUAAAUAGUGAGAUCUAUUACAUAUUGUGCUCUGCAGUGUGUGUGAAGAGAGAAACGCCCAGGGUAAACUGUGAGAGAAUAAAACCACUUAAUGAUUUUAAUUUGAGGGAGUGAAGUCACAUAAAGACUCCGUCUCUGACUGACAGAACCAGACUUACUCCGCUGCUUUAAAUCGGACUCUUGCUUAAACUUAAUCAAUGAAUAAUGAGCGUUAAUGAUGAUUCUAGUUCCAGUCAGAGCUCGUUAAGGAACAGGAUCAGACAGACACGACUCUGUGAAUGUAAAACCUCAUGACACAUUUAUUUGCCCUCUGUGUGUGUGUGUGUGUGUGUGUGUGUGUGUGUGUGUGUGUGUGUGUGUGUGUGUGUGUGUGUGUGUGUGUGUGUGUGUGUGUGUGUGUGUGAGAUGGUGCGUUCACUGUCCCUCUCCUCUGUUCUAACCCUUCCCAUCACUCGGGGUCCUGACGAUGCAUUCACUGACCCUCUGUGCUGUGUGAGGCCUGGGGUUGCGUUCACUGACCCGGCUGCCGUCUCAGUGCUGAUGAAAACAUUCGAUUUGUAUUUAAUGAGUUUGUACAGCCACACAUUUUUAGUAUAUUUUCACAUUAAUAUAUUUAUUGGUGCUGUAAAAUGUUUUACUAUAUUAAUACUCUUUUUUUGUUGUUUCUAGUGUAACUAUUAAAAACAUAUUUAUUUUGAAAAUA